CAGCGACAGCGUCGACACGAAGGGAAAACUAGUUUCGGCGGUUUUCCUCUGCUUUUCCUUUCCAAAGUGCAUUAAAACGUUACUAUUCACCUAUAAUGGGUGAUCUGCUUGAUCCUCCCGCAGAGUCAGAGAAUGGCGCUUGGGAGAAAACCCGAGAGGCAGUGGCAAAUUUCCGAAAGUUGCUGCUCUGCUCUAAAUGUUCAAACAUCCUGACUGAGCCGGUGUGCCUGGGCAUUUGUGAACAUUUGCUUUGCAGGUCAUGUGCAGGUCCUCAUGCUGGAGACGGCUGCAGUGUGUGUCACAGUCCUGCGUGGGUGAAGGACAUCCAGAUCAACAGGCAGCUCAGCAACAUCACAGAGCUCUUCUGCAACCUGGAGUCACUGCUUUAUCCCUCAGAGGUCCAAGCUCCUUCUGCAGAUUCUUCCACACCUUCAAAUGAAACGUCUGUCCUCAAGCAGAAGAAGAACUUCAAGAUCUGGUUCAGUCCAAAGAGUCGCAAAGUACGCUGCAGAGUGGAGAAACCCGUGGAAGUUAACUUACAGACAGGAAAAACUGGGCCAUCUGAGCCAACAUCUAAGCUCCAAGACACUAAGCUUUUGUCCGUUUUCAACUUCAACUCCUCCUCUCAGGAUUCUGGCUCCUCCUCUUCUCCAAGGAAUGGAGGACAUCACGGAAGAAAGACGAAAAGAAAGAAAAGGAGUGUGGGAUAUGCUGGAAAACAGGCCAGCAACAUAUCUAGGCCCCCCACCAGGUAUCAGACCAAGCAGAAGCUGAAGACGAUGAGGCUGGAGGCUGUGAACCAACAGUGGGGAUUUGGUAAAGAUGGUGCCCUGGAAGGCGAGGUUCAAGAGAAAGAAGAGAAGAAUUGUGAUGACAGUGAGGGUAAGAUAAGUAAGAGGGUGUCCUUCCAGUGUCCAGACAGCUUACUCAAGCCCCAGGAGAUCCAGGAGGCCUCUCCCCAGGGGGCCCCCAGCUCAAAGAAGAUAUUGAAGGACGGAACAGUGAAGGAAAUUGAGCUCUCAAGCGAGGAACAAAAAUCUCCAGCACAAAACAUGCAGUCUGUCUGUGAGCAGCAGCCUAAUCCAGUUAUAGAGACUGAACCAGCAGUCAACACCAAAAGACCUGCUCGUCCUUCCCCAGCAAAAUCUCCCAAAAGAGCCAGGCCCAAAGAGCAGGGGGGCAGCCCGCAGACCACGCCAAAGCGGCCUAGGUUGUCUCCACUCAGGAGGGGAAGGUCAGCCCCUGGUAGGCUUGCCCCACUGCCCACGCCUUCGCUUUCUCCAGAAAGCUCCAGACUCUCCAAUGUUUGUGAGAGAGCCAGACAAGAGGAAGCACAAGGAAGCCCAAACUGUUCACCUUCUAGUGGGAGGAGGGCUCCAUCAGAGCGCCACAGCCAGAGUAGCCCAGCCUACAUGAAGAGGAACCAUAAAGGAGAGACGCCUCUACAUUUGGCUGCCAUUAAGGGUGAUGUGGAGGCGACAAAAGAACUUCUGGCUCAGGGAGCUGACCCCAACCUGAAGGACAAUGCUGGCUGGACUCCACUGCAUGAAGCAUGUAACCUGGGCCACCUGGGUGUGGUGGAGGUUCUGCUGCAGCAGGGGGCGCUGUUAAACACCCCCGGCUAUGAGAACGACUCUCCACUUCAUGAUGCAGUGAGGAACGGACAUGUGGCCGUGGCCAGACUGCUGCUGAAGCAUGGAGCCUCUCCCAGUGUCCUGAAUAUACUUGGCCUUCGACCUGUUGAUUACGCCGUGACUCAAGAAAUGAAGGAGGUCCUAAGAGCGGGUACUGAGGCAACCCAUUCUACGACAACGCCACUGACCUCUCCAGCCAGCCUCUCAAAGUCACCAGGCAUCAUCAGAAGAGACGUGCCGGUCACUCUGAUUGGAAGUAAAUUGACCCAACUCCAGCAGAACCAGCUCAUCAAAGCGACGCGAAUCCUGGGUGGAAGACGUGUCGAGACUUUUUCUAGUGCAGUCACCCAUGUGGUUGUGCCAGACGGUCCUGUGCCCGCAACUCUGACCGCACUGCAGGGCAUCCUGAGCGGCUGCUGGGUCGUCAGCUUUAGAUGGCUGGCUGAUUGCCUACAGCAGGGCAGGUGGCUAGAGGAGAGCGAGUUUGCAGCGGGCGAGGGGCCGCGGCGGGCUCGUGUGAACGGGGACAAUCUGCUGCCACGGCUGUUUGAUGGCUGCUUUUUCUAUUUGCUGGGAUCCUUCCAGAAGCCUCCUAAAGAGGAGCUCCUGCAGCUAGUAAAAGCAGGAGGCGGACAACUGCUUAGCCGGCAGCCCAAACCGGACAGCGACGUCACCCAGACACUAAACUCGGCGGCCUAUCAUGCCCAGCCCAGCUCAGACCAGGCCUUCUGCACUCAGUACAUCCUCUACGACCCUGAGGGCUCCUACAGGCCCAGCCGAGUCCGUCUGGGCAAAGUGUGGUCAGCCCCCUCCUCGUGGCUUCUAGACUGCAUCAAAGCCUUCAGCCUUCUGCCUGUGCCUGAGGUCUAGAGGUUCAGGACGGCGAACCAUCAAUAUAACAGCCACUGUCAAGUGAGCUGGUAUCUAUAAGAACGAUCAUGCUGACUCUCAGUUAUGUUUGUGGCUCAUGUUGACUUGCUUGGACACAAGCUUUGACAUCUAAUGUUCACCUCUGAGUGGUAAAUCCUGUUAAACAGCCGCAUAAAUGGUUUCUUAAAGAAAUAUGACAGUUAUCUCAUCAUGAUGCAAUGCACACAGUUAGACCUGACAGAACUGCCUUAUCUGAAAAUAUGGUGUACUGACACACUUGCAAAAGUAAGCUGAGGUAAGUGCAGUCUUGACAGGCAGUACUUUUUAGCUGGUUGAGAAAAUGUCAGCCUUGCCCAGUGCUGCACAAGCUAACUGUCUAUUAUGAGCUGUCUGGAUUUUACACUUCACAUAAUUUUACUUAAACCUGCUAAUAGAGGCAUCAUGUAAAAGGGCGUUCAGUUUAAAAUAACUCAUUUCUGAAAUCUUGGUCUGUUUUUGUAUGUGAUGUUUUUAUGUUUUACGUUUGAUUCACUUUGGAGAGAGAUAAUGAAUGAGGUUAUAAUUACUGUAUCUAUGUUAAGCACUGUGAAAGAGAAGAAAAUUUGUGCUAUCCUGCUGAGAUUAGUUUCGCUUCUGCAAAAUGCUGUUGUGAAAUGUUAAAUAGCUUUGCAGGGCUAUUGUGCCUUUUCUUUUUAUGGGACAAAUUAUACCAUCUGAAAGAAAGAAAAUUAGGAUGUG